AUGUCAAAACGUUCUUCCAUUAUCGAUGACAAAUCAAUUUCUGAAAUGAUUUUAAUAAACAUAUCAUUAGCAGCUGAUAUGAACAUCGAAAUGUGCGAUAUUUUGAAACCACCACAAAUGGAAUUAUUAAAAACUUACAAAAAUAUGUAUAACUAUGAAACAUCUUUGUCUUUCUGUCUAUCAUUAGGUAUGAUGUCUCACUUCGCAAAGGGUUCUUAUUAUACUCAUUACAGUUCUCCUGAUCCAUGUCCUGUCCAAUUAUAUCUGUGGCUGUUGGGACCCAGCAUAACAUCUGAUCAAUUACCACCAUCACAAAAUAAUGAAGAUCAAACACAACCACCUAGUUCUGCCAUGUUUACUCUCUGGAAUCUCAUUGCUGAUUUAGUUGACACUCAGAAUAUGAAAGAAAUCAACAACAGCAAAUCAUGGACUUUUAUACCAAAGCGAGAACAAUGGUUCCUCGUUUAG